GUCACCAAACUGUCACCUCCGGGCAGAUCAAUAUUUAAUGAAUAAGGAAGUGGCACUUGCGCUCCUGGCGAUUUGCUCUUCCAGUGUCAGAUGACAUGUUCAGGUUAAACGGCGUGUUGAGUGAGAGGAUCCCACUCGAAGAUCGUGAGGAAUGCAGAUGGAUCGGUCAAGACAAGUUCCCAAUAUAGAGCUUCCUGUUUGGAGUUACACCUGAGAGUGACCGUGUCUGAUGAAUUAUGGUGUUUUCUACAAGCUGCUGACAUGAAUUCAGAGGCCAGUGAGAUGUGGAAGUGCUCGCCUUCAGGAGAAAUCUGAGACCCGGAUGAGCCUUCGAGCGCGACGAGAACAUAUAAGUGAAGGAGACAAACCAUGGACUUGUUAUGGUGUGGCGUCAGACCGACCGUGUGCUUUUAACCCGUUUGUAGCACCCUCUACCCCCACCCCAUGUCACAUCUUUCCCUGAAUUAUGGAAAUUUUGUGGAAGACGCUGACUUGGACACUGAGCCUGGUGGUGAUGGCUGCUUCUGAAUUUCAAAGCGUCAACAGACUUUCGCACAACUCUCAAGAGGAGUUCCUGUCCUACCUGCAGCACUACCAGUUGACUUUCCCAGUGCGGGUGGAUGAGAACGGAGAGUUCCUGAGCUACACUGUGAAGCACCACCGGCCGGGCCGACGGAGACGGGGGGCGGUGGACCCCAUAAUGGGACCAGUGCCCGCGUUGGACCCGGACCCUCCAGAGUCCCGGCUGUUCUACAGACUGUCAGCCUACGGAAAGCACUUUCACUUAAACCUGACACUCAACCCCCACCUGGUGUCGAAACAUUUCACAGUGGAGUAUUGGGGCAAAGAAGGGCUGGAGUGGCGUCAUAACAUGGUGGAUAAUUGUCACUAUGUUGGAUUCUUGCGAAAUCAGUACAGCACGACCAGAGUGGCUCUCAGCAACUGCAAGGGUCUGCAUGGUGUUAUAACAACAGAGGAAGAACAGUAUUUAAUAGAGCCAUUAAAGAACAUAUCCUCCACCACCUCCGGUGAAUGGAACCUGGAAGAAGCACAGCAACAUGUUAUUUAUAAAAUGUCUGCCAUUCCCUCACCGCAAGAGCAUAGCCAGGAGUUCAGCUGUGGCAUUUCAGACCUCAUUAAAAGCAGUGCACCUUGCCAGUUCAGCACACCUUCCCAUGUCCCCUCGUCCCCUGUCCCCCAAGAUGACAGCGAGCGGUCGAACAGCACCCACAGACAGAGACGCUCCAUCAGCACCGAGCGCUUCGUGGAGACGCUUGUGGUCGCUGAUAAAAUGAUGGUCGGUUACCACGGACGCAAAGACAUUGAGCACUACAUCUUGUCUGUAAUGAAUAUUGUUGCCAAACUUUACCGUGAUGCCAGUCUAGGAAAUGUUGUGAACAUUAUUGUGACCCGGCUGAUUGUUCUGACUGAAGAUCAGCCCAACCUGGAGAUUAACCAUCACGCUGACAAGUCUCUGGACAGCUUCUGUAAGUGGCAGAAGUCCAUCUUGUCUCAUCACGGUGAUGGCAACAGCAUUCCUGAAAAUGGGAUGGCUCAUCAUGACAACGCUGUCCUAAUCACCCGGUAUGACAUCUGCACCUACAAGAACAAACCCUGUGGUACCUUAGGCUUGGCCUCGGUGGCUGGAAUGUGUGAGCCGGAGAGGAGCUGCAGCAUCAAUGAAGACAUCGGCCUCAGUUCUGCUUUCACCAUCGCGCACGAGAUUGGCCACAAUUUUGGGAUGAACCAUGAUGGGAUCGGGAAUUCUUGCGGUACCAAAGGCCACGAGACAGCCAAACUGAUGGCCGCUCAUAUAACAGCCAACACCAACCCUUUCUCCUGGUCUGCCUGCAGCAAAGACUACAUCACCAGCUUUCUCGACUCAGGUCGGGGGACGUGUCUGGACAAUGAACCUCUGAAACGAGACUUCCUGUACCCAACAGUGGCCCCGGGGCAGGUGUACGAUGCAGACGAGCAGUGUCGCUUCCAGUACGGAGCCUCCUCACGCCAGUGCAAGUAUGGGGAAGUGUGUAGAGAGCUCUGGUGCCUUAGUAAAAGCAACCGCUGUGUAACAAACAGUAUCCCAGCUGCAGAGGGGACUCUGUGCCAGACCGGCAGCAUUGAGAAAGGGUGGUGCUACCAGGGGGAGUGUGUUGCGUUCGGUACCUGGCCUCAGAGUGUGGACGGAGGCUGGGGGCCCUGGUCGAUGUGGGGGGAGUGCAGCAGGACCUGUGGGGGCGGUGUAUCCUCCUCCAUGAGGCACUGUGACAGCCCAGCUCCGUCUGGAGGAGGCAAGUACUGUCUUGGAGAGAGGAAACGCUACAGAUCCUGUAACACUGACGCCUGCCCUGUAGGAUCCCGUGAUUUCCGAGAGAAGCAGUGUGCCGAUUUCGACAGCAUGCCUUUCCGUGGGAAGUACUACAACUGGAAGCCUUACACUGGUGGUGGUGUUAAGCCCUGCGCGCUGAACUGCUUGGCAGAGGGCUAUAACUUCUACACAGAGCGCUCUCCUGCAGUCAUAGAUGGCACCAGAUGUCAGGCUGACUCUCUGGACAUUUGCAUCAAUGGAGAGUGUAAGCAUGUGGGCUGCGACAACAUCCUGGGAUCGGAUGCUAAGGAAGAUCGAUGCCGCGUGUGUGGAGGGGAUGGCAGCACCUGCGAGGCCACGGAGGGACUCUUCAACGAGUCUUUGCCCAGAGGAGGCUACAUGGAGGUGGUGCAGAUCCCAAAAGGAUCAGUUCACAUCGAGAUUAAAGAAGUGGCCAUGUCCAAGAAUUAUAUCGCUUUGAAAUCUGAAGAGGAUGAUUAUUACAUCAACGGAGCGUGGACCAUCGACUGGCCCAGGAAGUUUGACAUCGCAGGGACGGCCUUCCACUACAAGAGACCCUCUGAUGAACCGGAGUCUUUAGAGGCGCUGGGAGCUACCACUGAAAACCUGGUUGUCAUGGUCCUCCUUCAGGAACAGAACAUGGGAAUACGCUACAAGUUCAACGUGCCGAUCCAGCGCACAGGAAGUGGCGACAACGAGGUGGGCUUCUCCUGGCACCACCUGCCCUGGUCUGAAUGCUCGGCUACCUGCGCCGGAGGUUCCCAGAAGCAGGAGGUGGUGUGUAAGAGGCUGGACGACAACUCGGUGGUGCAGAACAGCUACUGUGACCCAGACAGCAAACCUCCAGAGAACCAGAGGGACUGCAACACUGAGCCGUGUCCCCCCGAGUGGUUUAUCGGUGACUGGUCGGAGUGUGGGAAGACGUGUGAUGGCGGGACAAGGACGAGGACAGUCCUGUGCAUCAGGAAGAUUGGCCCGGCUGAGGAGGAGACGCUGGAGGACACCCACUGUCUGACUCACCGACCUAUCGAACAAGAGUCCUGCAACAACCAGUCCUGCCCGCCGAAGUGGGUCACUCUGGACUGGUCCGAGUGCACACCUAAAUGUGGCCCCGGCUACAAGCACCGCAUCGCCCUGUGCAAGAGCAGCGACCUGACAAAGACCUUCCCGCCCGCCCACUGCCCGAGCCACAACAAACCUCCGGUCCGAAUCCGCUGCAGUUUAGGGCGCUGUCCUCCUCCCCGCUGGAUCCCUGGUGAAUGGGGACAGUGUUCGGCGCAGUGCGGCCUGGGCCAGCAGAUGAGGACGGUGCAGUGUCUGUCGUACACCGGGCAGCCGUCUAAUGAUUGCGCAGAGUCCCUCCGACCCACCACCAUGCAGCAGUGUGAGAGCAAGUGCGAUGCCACCCCCAUCUCUAAUGGCGACGAAUGCAAGGAUGUAAACAAAGUGGCCUACUGCCCGCUGGUACUGAAAUUCAAGUUCUGCAGCCGAGCGUACUUCAGACAGAUGUGCUGCAAGACCUGCCAGGGGCACUGACGCUUGGACCACAAGAGCGAGACGUAGCGAGAGAGAGAGAGAGCGAGAGCGCGAGAGAC